AUGGAUAAAGAUAAUAACAAUACAUUCAAUUCGAAACCAGUACAAGAAUACUUGACAAAACUAAAGAAAUGGCAACAAGAUAUCAAUAAAAUUGAUCAGCAACUAUCAAACAAGAAUGCAACAACUGCCUCGUCAAUGAUUGGGAGUAAGCCUGCUACUACUUCUUCGACUGCAAGUUCACUAUCACCAUCAUCAUCGGACCCAAUGUUUGAUAAUGUAUCAGAAUCAUUAAAGUAUAAAGAUAUUGGUAACAAAUUCUUUCAACAACAAAAAUACAAGGAUGCAGUCGAAUACUAUACUCUUGCAAUCGAUCUUGAUCCAUCAAGUUCUAUUCUCUUUUCCAAUAGAGCUAUUGCAUAUAUCAAAUUAAAAAAUUUUCAUCAAGCAGAAGCAGAUUGUAAUAGAAGUAUAAACUUGGAUUCAACCAAUGUAAAAGCAUAUCAUAGACGUGGAUUGGCACUCAAAGAACAAAAGAGAUAUCGAGAGUCAUUGAAUGACUUUAUAGUAGUCUCUAAAAAAGAUCCAGCCAACAAGGAAGCACAAACUGAAAUCAAAGGGUUGUAUGAAUUGAUUAAAAGACAACCACCCCAACCACAACAACAAGAAUCAGAAAAGACUCCAAUACAACCAACACAACUAGUACAACCAGUAGAAUCAGUACAACCUAAAAUACAAAUCAAACAAGACGUAAACAAUAAGAUGGAAAUUGAACCAACAACAACAACAACCCAACAACAAAUCAAACAAGAUGUAAAUAACAAAACCGAUAAAAAGAUAGAACCACAACAACAACAACCUAAAAUUGAAUUGGUAUCUGAUACUACUACCUCUAAAUCAUCAACAACAACAACAAUCUCAAUCGAUUCAACAACAAAGAAACCUACUACCCCUUCAUCAACAUCAUCAACAUCUUCACUUCAAGAUAGAUUAUCAAGAUUAGCGAAUAUGAAACCAGUCGUUCCUAAGCAACCACCAAGAAAUUCAUUUGAAUUUGAAAAGGUUUACAACUCUUUGCAGAAUGACAGCCAACUAUUUUAUGAAUACUUUAAAUUGAUUGAUCCAGCCAGACUAUCACCUCUUCUCAACGAUGUUUUAUCACCAACUCUAAUGACAUCGAUCAUCAAUAUCCUUGAACACCAUUAUUUGGUAAACAAGGAAUACCAACUUAUUUACAAUGGUUCCAAGGUAUAUCCACCAUUAGAGUAUUCCCAUCCAUCUGCUUCAUAA